CUAGGAAUGGGGGGCAGAAGCAAGGGUCUCUGAUGGGCAGGGAGAGGUUCCAGGGUGUGGAACCAGCCAGGACAGCCCACUGCCGACCCAGUCAGAACCCUUAAGUCGGGAAAGCUCUGCCUCUUCUGGGGGUCCUGGCUUCCCCUUCUUUUUGCCUCCAGCACCCAGGCCGGCUGCAGAUGGCAGGUUCCAGAGACUGCGUUGUGACAGACGCCACAGCCCAUCGCUGAGCUGCUGAGGCCGAGGUGGUGAGCUCAGCUCCGAAGCUCUGGCCGGGCAUCUGCAGGGCUCCAGCCCAGCCUGCCGCCUCGAUGCCUCACUUCCUGGACUGGUUCGUCCCCGUCUACCUGGUCAUCUCCGUUCUCAUCCUGGUGGGCUUCGGGGCCUGCAUCUACUACUUCGAGCCGGGCCUGCAGGAGGCGCACAAGUGGCGGAUGCAGCGUCCCCUGGUGGAGCGUGACUUCCGCAAGACGCUCAUGGUCAGGGACAACCUGGCCUUUGGGGGCACAGAGGCCUAGCUGACCCACAAAGCCAGUGGUGCGGCACCCCCUUCCUGCAUCUGCACCCCAUCCUCGACAGCCAGAGGAGAGAGAUUCCGCCCCUCUAUGGCCUGCCCAGCCAGCCCCAGCUGAGGCUCCCAGGGACCCCCGAAGCUAGAAGCAAAGAUGGGGUACUUGGGUGUCUGGAGGUGCCACUUUCCACCUCAAAUCUGCUCCCCACCCCGUGUCAGUCCUCCCUGGUUCUGCAGACACCUCCAUGCCCC